AUCCAAUGAACAUUGCUCGGACAUGUCUUCGAGCAUGGAGAUGCGAAAUGCUGAUUUUGGCAUUGCAAGAUCUGGAUGGAACCGAGGAGAAUGCAAGCGAUUUUGCUCAUCUUUCUCGCAAAACAUCGUGUUAAACCGCGCAUUCAUGUGUGGCAUUUGGCAUGCUUACCCGAGGAAACACUCGCUUUUCACUACUGCAUGUGCUUCAAUGGUGUGCGGCUUCACAUGGCAACCUCCCGGUGUCUCCGCAAACUCUGAUGAAAGCCUCUCCUGCGUCAUCAGUCUAAUCUGCAAUGUGCUUGGUGGGAGAUUACGUCCUAACCUUCGGAGGUUAGGAUGUGUCAAUGCCUUCGUAUCGCCCGAAGUCUGGGGGUGCAUAUUCCGAGCGAAUUAGGCGUACAGGCCUAACAUGGCUGGCGAGGAUACUAAAGUAAGGCUGUUCAUCCCACGAACCGAGAAGUGUAUAUUAGGAAGAGAAGAACCGCCCUGGAAGUAUCUUUGCCACCGUCAGUCUAUACAUAAGCUUGCGAGAAGAAGGAUCAUGAGCCGCAAAAGCUUCUGCCACACCAUAGCAGCAAAUUCAAGCUGAGCCCAGAUAGAACAUGUGGUUGGAUCGCCUCUUCCAAAUUAUCCCUCAAAAUUCACGAUGUCUCGUUACUCAUUCAUCGAUCACAACCCAUCUCCACGCCAGACAAAGGUGAACAGGCCCGCACUGGAUUGUUUACACCGGCGACAGUCUACACAACAACACCCCGAGCCCGGCAAGCUAUUCACCACCACAACCAACACCGACGCAAUGGUCCCGCCAUUAGAAUUUGCAAAGAUGAAUCUCGCGUUCUACGUCGACCUGAUCUCAGCUCUUGAGAACGACGACGACCCUCAAUCAGCAACGUCUCCAAUCGCCACCGCCAAACGCAUCACAUCAUUCAACACGUCGCGUAAUGGAUCGUGGAGUCAGAUCUCGAGCUCGAGUGGUGUUCCCAAGGCUUUCAAUGCCCCGGGAAUGAAAACAGAUGUGCGGAUCAGAGUGUUUGAGAGAGAGUUCCAUGUCCACUCAGUGGUUCUGCGUCUGUAUUCUGCAUUCUUUAGGACGUUUCUCGAUUCAGCAGACAAGGGACCAAGUAAUAGUGAGGGACGAUUCCGAUACGAUUAUGUCUCCGUCCUUGACCCAGACGGAGGAUGGGGACUCGAAGUAGCAAAACCAGGCAUGCAAUCCCCCACGGUCCUCAGCCCCCUCAAAGAAGGCACCGAAACCAGCAGCGACGAGCUCGCCUUCGAGAAACUCCUCUGCGCCAUGUACCACAAAAAAUACAGCAUCAGCGGCCUCCGCGAACUCUCCGACAUGACCCGCCUGGCAGACUUCUACUGCUGCCUCCCAACCUUCUCGUCCUCCCUCUACUCCGCACUCUGGCACAGUCCCGACCUCAUCGCUGAGAUCUCUUCAAACUGCAACUCGACGCUUAUCCUUGCCCAGAAACUCCGCCAUCCGCUCCUAUUUCGCGAAGCGCUCGUGCAUGUUGCAUGUCAAUGGAAGGGGUACAGCCAUUUUCUAGAAGGGCAUUAUGGUCUUGUCUGUGCCGUCACAUCAGCUUAUAACCGCGUGUGUGAGCGUUUACUUGCUGCUAAUCAAGAGAUAUUCAUUGCUAUGCAGCUCGGCGGGCAAGUCAAAGUGGAUAUCAGUGCGGCGACGAGCGGGCUGGAGAGAGAGGAGAUCCCGACGCAGAAUGCACACUUUUAUAGGCAUUUGUAUAAUCAGUGGGAAGGGGAGCAGGAGGAUGGCAUGCAGAGUGUUAUGGAGGCUUUGAGGGUGCUGUUGGAGAAUAAUUUGGUGUUGGAUCGGAAGGGUGGGCUGGCGGGCGAGGAUGAGUAUAGGAAUGGGUUUCUGUGUGGGGAGAUUUCGGAUUCGGAGUUGCCUUGGAAUUUGGAGGAGGAGGAUUGGUGAUCUGGAGUGUCGUUCGUGGAAGGAUCGGAAGAGUUUCGUCGUUGUUAAGAGCCUGCAGCAUGGGAAUGGACAUAAAGUGAGGAAUAUGGAGCUUGGCGUUUGGCGUUGAAAGGAAGUGCGAAGAUGGCGUUGUUUGGUAAUUUUGUCUGUCAUUUCUGUUUGAGCAAGAGAAAGAUAUCCAGGCGUGCAAAGAUUGGCAAAAAAACGUCGGAUCUACGUUAUGAUUGUCGGAGACAGUUAGCACCUCUCUCAGUUAGCUGCUACCUCCAGUUUUUGAAGAGACUUAUGAGUAAUGAAGUAAUGAAG